AUGAUGUUCAAACUUAGUAAAUGGAAAGCUAAAUUGUUAAGAACAUCACAAUGCUGUCAAGCAAACUAUGCCAUGUUUCAUUAUUCUAGUUUAUUGAGUCAAAAUCAUUAUCAAAUUUUGGGAAUAAAACAAACAGCUACACAAAGCGAAGUCAAGCAAGCUUACUUCAAACUAUGCAAGGAAUAUCAUCCAGAUAAGCAUUCAAACAAUAAAGUUAAAGCUCAACAAUUCUUGAAGAUAAGUGAUGCCUAUACUGUAUUAAGUAAUACAGUCACAAGAAAAGAGUAUGAUGAUAAACUAGGUAGGCGUCGCUCUUUCGACACAGUACAUGAACGUGAAGCCUGGUCAUCUGCAUAUCGAAACAACCCUUAUGUGAAUAGACAACAGCAUUGGGAAUAUUAUCAAAGACCUCCCUACCGAGACCCUCAUGAUCGUUAUACUAGAACACAGCGUAAUGAAUGGAGGCAUGAAACGAACUACAAUCAGCAUUCUCGUGACAGACUAACUAAUUAUUGGUUUCAUUAUUAUAGACAACGAGGUCACAGUGCUGGUAAAGUUAAUUUAAACUCUAAUCAAAACCCAGAUGUUCUUAUGAAAGUGUUUGUUAUAUGUAUUUUGGGGUUACUUUCUUUUAGAUUUUUUGUGGCUUUUAAAAUCUCUCGUAACAGGACAGAUAUUGACAAAUGGGAGGGAACAGAAUUAAUAAAACAUAGGAAAAUAUUAAGGGAACCAUCAGACUCUGAUAAGCCACAAACAGAGUUUUCUGAUUGUGUUAAUAUUGCGCAUCCAAAAUUGGAGGAUGCCUAA